AAUAGAUCAAAAGAGAAAAGGUCUCAAGAAGAUGACAAAAACCAGAUGUAUGGACCUUUGUGGCACCAGGGGUGUGAAGAAUGCACUGAGUUCAGAGGUCUUCACACUAGAUCACACACACACACUCACACACACACACACUCGCACAUGAAAUAUAUGGUAACAGGAUAAUGAGUUGUACCUUUUCUAUUGGUUAAGUGUCAGAGAAAGAGGAGGAGAGAGACAGACACCUAUGCAGAAGGGUAUUUAAUGUCAUGCAACAAUUGUAAGAACGAGUAUUCUGUUUGUCCUGUACCUGGGACCAGACUCCUGAUUGAAGAAAAGGACUCUGUGCAGUUUCUUGAAUCUACUUACUCACCAUCCUUUUUUAAGUUACAUCAGACCGUAAAGGGAAAAUUGUAAUGUCAGACCUGGUCCAACAUGGCCGCAAAUGGUUAAACUUUUUCAACAGAUAAAAUCCUAUGAUAUUAUAAAUUUAUUACAAGAAAUUCUGUGUUCCUUCAAUAGUAAAGCCACUCCUGCUAUAAUGCCAGAUUGCAUUUGUCCCUUGAAUGCCGUUCAUUACACUAUUUAAAUUGAUACAUGAUUAUUUUUUCAGCAGCUACUAAACAGAAUCCGGUCUGCUGCCAUGGACAGUGUGAAGAUGGAAUCUGUCCAGAUUAAAGAGGAGUUCCCUGAACUUGAACUUGUCCCCAUUAGAGUGGAGUUCUCUGGGCUGGCUUCCCUCCCCAUUAAACAGGAGCUCUGUGAGAUACAAUGUGACAGCAGUCAGCCAGAGGUCUCUGACAUUAAAGCUGAGCACAAUGAAUUGGAGAUCCCCCAGAUGGAAGAAUCCCUUCCUGUGAAACAAGAAGAGGUUCUGGAAACUGUCCAUAUUAAACAGGAGCCCCCUGAAGUAGAGUUUGAGGACAUGGAACCAGUGAAGGAAGAAUCCGAGGACUUCAAACCAAACAUCCUUGAGCAGGAGCCUGUACGCCUGCGGGAGUGUAGCAUGGUGCUGGAGAGAAUCUGCGUGAGAGAGCAAGGCGCUGGAGAGGAAGGCUCUCCCAACAGCACGCAAGGAGGUGGAAAGGAAGACGGGCGCUCCCAUUCAGAAUGCAGUCUAGCAGGUUCCAGUCCAGCAGCUAAAGCGAGGGCGGGCGGUGGAGAAUAUCCUGACUGUGGGAAAGGUUUCACCCAGUUAGGAAACCUGAAAACACACCAGCGAAUUCAUACAGGAGAGAAACUGUAUAGCUGCUCUGACUGUGGGAAAAGUUUCAGAGAAAGAGGAACCCUGACAAAACAUCAGCGAAUUCACACAGGAGAGAAACCGUAUUGCUGCUCUGACUGUGGGAAGAGUUUCAGAGUUUCAGGAAAACUGAAAACACACCAGCGAAUUCAUACAGGAGAGAAACUGUAUCGCUGCUCUGACUGUGGGAAGAGUUUCAGAGAAAGAGGAACCCUGACAAAACAUCAGCGAAUUCACACAGGAGAGAAACCGUAUUGCUGCUCUGACUGUGGGAAGAGUUUCAUUCAGUCAGUUCAUCUGAAAACACACCAGCGAAUUCACACAGGAGAGAAACCGUAUUGCUGCUCUGACUGUGGGAAGAGUUUCAUUCAGUCAGAUCAUCUGACAACACACCAGAGAAUUCACACAGGAGAGAAACCGUAUUGCUGCUCUCACUGUGGGAAGAGUUUCAGUCAGCCAAGAGCCUUGAAUAAACACCUGCGAAUUCACACUAGAGAGAAACCAUAUAUCUGCUCUGACUGUGGGAAGAGUUUCAGCCACACAGAAUCCCUGAAAACACACCAGCGAAUUCAUACAGGAGAGAAACCGUAUUGCUGCUCUGACUGUGGGAAGAGUUUCAGUCAGUCAGGAUACAUGAAAACACACCAGCGAAUUCACACUGGAGAGAAACCAUAUCUCUGCUCUGACUGUGGGAAGAGUUUCAGUCACACAGUAUCCCUGAAAGCACACCAGCGAAUUCAUACAGGAGAGAAACCAUAUUGCUGCUCUGACUGUGGAAAGAGUUUCCGUUUUAAAACCAAUCUUCAUACACACCAACGAAUUCACACAGGAGAGAAACCAUAUCACUGCUCUGACUGUGGGAAGAGUUUCCGUACUAAAAAUGACCUUCGAGUACACCAACGAACUCAUACAGGAGAGAAACCGUAUUGGUGCUCUGACUGUGGCAAGCACUUCCGUCAGGCAGGAGCUCUGAAAUCACACCAGAGACGAAGCCCAUGUUCAUUCAGAACGAAACCUUAACCUUUCAUUAUGAGUCCCUGUGUAAUUUACUGUUUUGUGUAUCGCUCUAAGAGCUUGAUUUUUAAAUGUUCAAAAUGCAUUUCAGCUCUCUUGCACUCUGAUUGUGUCAGAAAGUGGGCGGAGACGCGGACACGUCACAAGAGGCUUCUCUGCUGUCAGUUUAACUCAGGCUGUCAAUGCAGUCAGUGCCUGGGAGCAGGAAUAUGCAGAAAGGAAACUAUUCUGCACCUCAUCUGAUGGACGAGUCAGGAGAAAUUGAUAACUCAGUGUGGGGAAUGAGUUUCAGGGUUUAGCAUUUAAACUGCAUAGACUUGAAAAUAAAUACAUUGAUGGGAACGAGUAUCCCGACCCCGGUAUGUAGCAUCCCAGAGACAAGACUGCACCGUCCUUACUGGACAACCGCCUGGAGGGUUUGUCUUGUACAUUUUGUCACGUUUCUAGAACAAAUGAAUCACAUCAAUGAUUGAAUAUUUUGCAAUGUGCAUUGUCCAUGCUUUUAUUUUACACUGCUUUUGUAAACUGCACCAUGUAAUACAAGUGUAGCACGCAUGUGCACGGGUCAUAGGUACAGAAACUCAGACAGGUUUUAUACCAACUCUUUCUUGCUCUUUUGCAGUGUUGGACCAUAAGAGUAGUUAAAGGGCUCCUCUGUGGUAUGAUUGUGUGGCACCUGCAGAUGUACAAGGGAGUGGAGAAAUGUGUAGCAUUGUAGAGCUUACCAGGAAUAGGCCCCGGUAGCCAUGGCGACUUGAGGUGAAAUGGCCUGAUCACCAUAGUAACACCAAUAUGUAUUGGGGGAGAACGCCUCUCCCGAAUUCCUGAGCUUUGGAGGCCCUGAAUAAACAAGAUCGGGUUGCACCUGGACUCCAAGGUGAGAGGUUGAAGAUGAAUAAUCCUUUGUGCUAGGGUUAGGUUUUCAGUAAGAAGAGAGAGCUACGGGUAACAGCCUUACAAGAGCUCUUCACAAUAUUCAACAGGGACACCCCAUAGUUUGAUCAACAUUAUAAGAAACUUAAAUAAAUCAAAAGGCCAUAAAGAGAAACUCGACCAACUGGGUUGCAAUCGAAGAAAGGAAAAGUCAACAAAUGUUGAACCAAUAAUGAAUGAACUGAUUCAGCCUGCUGCCACUGGUCAAAUUUACAGCAAGAGUUUUCCAAUCCACUGAGCGAGUCUGGGUUGUGUGACCAGGAAUACAAGCAAAUCCUACAGGAAAUCAGCCUCUGACGCUGGAACAUUGAACCACAAACAACAACUUCAUUCUAACCUGCAUCGACUACAAGACAAAGAUUGAGUAUCCCAGCUCAACUAAAGAGUGCAGAGAUUGACAGAAUCUAUAUGUGGGAAUGUAAUACA